AUGAUCGACCAUCUUGUCGUUUCCGUCAAGGGACCGCAUCGCCUCAACGCUUCAUCGCAUAUUCUGUUCUUGCAGAACGGACCCGGCAUGCUCGAGGCUAUCAACGAGGAAAUAUUUACGGAAAAAGCCACCCGGCCUAACUACACCACCGGUGUCAUUUCACACAGAGUCACUCUUAAUGCUCCCUUCGAUAUUACGCGCACUGGAUUUGCCGCAAUAUCCCUAGGCCCCGUUCCUCAGACUAAAUCAGAUAUCAAGGCCACUAAAUCAUCUUACCUUCUGAACGCCCUGUUACUUAUCCUAUGA